AUGGCGCGGCAAGUACUGCUGUUUAUUUGGUUUCUCUCUCUCAGUUCAGCUCUCGGGCAGGUCAGUUACUCCAUUCCUGAGGAAAUGGCGAAAGGCUCUUUAGUCGGUAACAUAGCGCAGGAUUUGGGUUUAGAUUUAAAGAGACUGAAAUCGGGUAAAGCCCGUAUUUAUACAGGAGACAGCGCUGAAUACAUCGAGCUGAAUAAAGAAAGAGGAGUCCUCCUUAUCAAAGAGAGAAUAGACCGAGAGGCGCUAUGCGGACAGACAACGCCUUGCGCACUACAUCUACAGAUUAUACUCGACAAUCCCAUGGAACUGUUUAGAGUAACUGUUGAAAUUACAGACAUAAAUGAUAAUUCACCUAAUUUUAAGCGGGAUGAAAGACGAUUUGAGAUAAGCGAAUCAGCUGUUAUAGGGUCCAAAUUUAUGCUGGAGAAAGCGAUAGACGCAGAUAUUGGCGCAAAUGAUUUACAGAGUUAUUCUCUGCAACCUACCGAUCAUUUUAAUUUAAAACUUCAUGGUCAAAGCGAUGGGAGUAAAAAGGUUGAAAUGAUUCUACAAAAGCCUUUAGACCGAGAACAACGGGAGGACAUUUCUCUGGUAUUAACAGCAAUGGACGGUGGAGAUCCUCCUAAAUCAGGGACUGUUCAAAUACAUAUUACGGUGCUUGAUGCCAACGAUAAUGCUCCAGUUUUUACUAAGCCUAUUUAUAGAACAAUUAUUACCGAGAACUCACAGAGAGGCACGCCAGUUACCACUGUAAGCGCUUUUGAUUCAGAUAAAGGGACGAAUGGAGAGGUGAGUUAUUUAAUUGCAAACAGUGACGGGUUAUCUGAUAUUUUCCAAAUAGAUGAAAAUGGAUUGGUGAUAUUAGUUGGAAAAAUCGACUAUGAAACAUCUAAGCAUUACCAAAUUGAUAUAGAAGCAGUUGACAACGGAGGACUGUCUGACUCUAGCAAAAUAAUAGUUGACGUAAUUGAUGUAAAUGACAACGCACCCGUCAUCACAGUGAUGUCAACAUCUUUAACAAUACCAGAGGAUUCGUCACAGAGUACUGUGAUUGCCAUAAUCAGUGUUAAUGAUCCGGAUUCAGAAAGUAAUGGACAGGUUCAGUGCAGUGUAAAAGAAAAUAUUCCUUUUACAAUCAAAUCAACUUCUAAUGGAUUUUAUAGUAUUGUGACAGAUGGUGAUUUAGACCGUGAGAGAGAGUCUGAGUAUAACAUCAGUGUGACGUGUGCUGAUGAGGGCGUGCCCUCUCUCUCCAGCAGCGUCACUCUCUCCUUACAGAUAUCAGAUGUGAAUGAUAACGCGCCUGUCUUUGACAAGAGCUCAUAUGAGGCCUCUGUUCAAGAAAACAACACACCGGGUCUUUCCAUAUUCACAGUCAGAGCCAGAGACGCAGAUUUUAACCAGAAUGCCCGUGUGUCUUACAUACUGGAGGACUCGUCGGUUAACGGAGUGCCCGUCUCCUCGUUGGUGUCCGUUAGUGCUGAUAGUGGAGUCAUACAUGCAGUGCGAUCUUUCGAUUACGAGCAAAUCAAAGAUUUUCAGUUCCGCGUAAAAGCGCAAGACGGAGGUUCCCCUCCUCUCAGCAGCAACGUGAGUGUGAAAAUAAAUAUUCAGGACCAGAAUGACAACGCGCCUCAGGUUCUGUAUCCGGUCCAGUCUGGUGCUUCUGUGGUGGCUGAAAUAGUGCCUCGUUCGGCAGAUGUGGGUUAUCUGGUCACUAAAGUGGUGGCUGUUGAUGUGGACUCUGGACAGAAUGCCUGGCUCUCAUAUAAACUGCAGAAAGCCACAGACAGGGCGCUGUUUGAAAUAAAGAUGCUGUGA